GAUAUACCACAAUAAAAGUUCCGAUCGGAUCAGGCGACCGGCGGGGCUGCUUCGUGUUGAUAUGUAGGGGCCUUCCUACACAGCACAUCAAGACGAGUGAAGAUGGCGGAUGUGUUGAGUGUUCUCCGUCAGUAUAACAUACAGAAAAAAGAAAUCGUCGCUAAAGGAGAUGAAGUUAUAUUUGGGGAGUUUUCCUGGCCGAAAAAUGUCAAGACCAACUACAUAAUUUGGGGGUAGGUUUGUGCUAAACUAUCCUUAAAACGCUCCUGUAGGCCCCCCGCUGGAGCCCAUCGGUACCUUGUGUUGCUCGUUAGCUGCUAAGAUGCUAACCCUACUACUCCGUGUUUGUUUGCGAAAUGUCAAGCAUUCUUUCGUCCAAAGAUUGGAGUAUGACUUAAAUAUAGUGCCCUGAACAAUGGAGUGUCUUUUUAAACUUUAAUACUUUUCUCUCAUCGUAUUUCAGAACUUUGAAACUGUACAUUAGAAAUGCAGCUGAACUUACAACAGUUGUACGGUGCUAAGUUGUUAACGGCGUUAGCUUCUGUUUGAAGCUGUGACCCAAUGGAGUCAUCUUAAAGUGGAGCGACUUUUGCUUCAGUUUAUCUAAAAUAACUCAUUCAAGCAGCUCUUUUUACUCUGCUAAAAUUGAACUUCACAACUGGAGUGAAAGUAUCAAAUGUAACUGUGUUUAUUAGAUAUAACAGAAUAAAAAACAUUGAUUAACUACCUGCAAAAGUCACUAUAUCUGUGUCAUACGAAGAGGUUAAAGACGCUUCGGGUGAUUUUUAAAACGGAUCUUCUUUACCUGUUUGUUCUACAGUACUGGGAAAGAGGGCCAGCCCAAGGAGUACUACACUUUGGACUCUAUUCUGUUCUUGCUUAACAAUGUGCAUCUCCCGCAUCCAUCCUAUGUGCGAAGAGCUGCAGUAAGUAUCCAGGAUUAUCUGUCAAAGUGCUGUAACUUGUCCGUGUGUUCAUUUCACUUCAUUUCGAGAUACAAUUCAUACUGACCAGCUGCAGCAUUGUGAAUGCCAGAGCAAUGUGAUUUAAACCCUAUCAAACAGCUCUGUCAGAAACUGUACCUUCAGGAAGUUUCAGAAUUUUUUGUUUUUGAUGGUACGAUCAGACUUGUGGUAAAUGCACUUGAGAUUUAUGAAUGAAGAUGUAGAUGGUGGAGACAAUUAUCCAGAGUGUAAUAUAGAACCUUUUUCUGUUUUGUUUUGGUUUAUAUCAACACUUGACCUGGUUAAAUCUUCCAAGAUAAAGCACUUGAGUACACCACCAACACUCACUACAACUUCACAGAUUGAUUUUAAGUACAGUUAGCACCUGUCUGACUGCAUCGUCAAAAACUAAUAAUACAAAAACUUUGUUGUAAAAGCAGUAUUUGUGGCAGAGCUGUAGUAUUGGAUUGUGUCAUAUCCCUGGGUGUUCACAAUGUAGUGGCUGUUAGGUGUAUUUUUUAGGAUAGUUUUAUUCCUAAAAAGCUCUCAAGGUGUUUCUGACUCAGCUGUUGUUGAUUGCAGACAGAGAACAUCCCUGUUGUCAGACGACCUGAUCGAAAAGGCUUGCUUUCAUAUCUCAAUGGAGAAAGUUGUAAGUAAUACCCUGGAGACCUAUUAUUUUGUGGUAUAUUUGACCUUGAUUAAGCGCAGUAAGUUUAGGAUUUACAUGUCCAUGCUUAUUAUAUUGGAGAGUAUUUAACAAUAAAGUUAGAAACUUAACUUUGAAAAGCUCAGUUUUGUUGAUCUGAAUUUUAGUUUUCUAAUUUUGUUUUUUCACAGCUACAUCGACAAGUAUCGACAGAAGUGCACCUAUAGAAAUAGGUUUGCAAAGGCCAACGCAAGGUAAGUCCAUGCUGUGCAUCUUACAUGAAGGUUUAACAGGUUAUAUUGAAAUAGUUAUUGUUUUUUUGUUGUUGUUGUUGUUUUGUUUGUUUGUUUUUUAGCAUUUCACAUUGUUAAUAAAAACUGUGGUUACAUGUUAAUACAUUGUAUGGUGCUGUUAUCUAGAAAAAGUUAUAUAAACGGUGGUUUCUCUCUCAGCAAAGUUUGCACAAAACCAAAAGUUAACUGAGUGAAAUAACAAACUCCUGCUUUUUCAGUAAAAAGAGCAGCUGAUGAAGUUUCCUCAGAAGCAAAAAAGCCACGGAUUGAGGUAAACUGGUGUGAUUCUCUUCCCGACACAGUCUCUUGUGGAACUUAUUUCUUGUUGACUACAGUUCUCUUGCAUUUGCUCCCUCAUCUCUAUUUUACAAGCCGUACCAGUUACAGAAACUGUUACUUUUCCAGAGACAGACAUUUAUUUGUUUAUUUUUUAUUUUUUUUUUAGGUAGACAGUAAUUACAAUCAACAAAUCAUAUGAAUAAAAAGCAGAGAGAGAGAGUGUUGACCUCAUUUAAGCUGAACUCAAUUAAAAUAAUUGAAAUGGUGUCAAAACAAAAAUGUUUUGUUUCCUUCUCAAGAUGGUUGGUGAAUUUGAUUAAUAAUGACCCAACAGAUAUUUUUCUACUGUACAAUGUUCAGUAAUCCAAUUUGUUUUUAUAGUGAAAAAUAAAAUGCAUUUUGUUGUAGUUUCAAAACAUCAAGAAACAGGAACAGAAAAACUUUGCGACCAGCUUGCCUACAUGCAAGGUGAAACCAACAGUGAUUAAAGAGAGCAUUAAAUAGUUUCUAUUUUUAGUUCCAACACUACCCCUAAGUGCAGAAGUAUUUAACCAAUGGUGGAAGCAGCUGACUGGCUUUAAAGUUGGAUAAAGACAAGGGUCAAUGAAUAGGACCAGGAAUGGCUGGAGUCAAACAUACACUUGGAAAUGGACUGUGUUUAUCCAAAGUUCAUGUUACAAAACACCAAAUGAUUGGAGAGUACAGUAGAGGAAACAUUACUGUCCCAGAUGGGCAGUUUUCUUCACAGAUAGAUGUGAAACACAAAUGCAUGCUAUGCAAUUAUAACAUGUCUAUCAUUCUAUCAGCCCUAGUCCUGGAAGAAAGGAAUAAAAUAGAAUUAAAAGAACUAAAGUAGAUCAAACCAAAGACAACCUUUAUCUACAGUGCUACAUGUAGGAUGACCUUGAAGGCCUAGAUUCUACUCAGCAUGUAAAGACCGAGGUAGAGAAAACUAGUUAGCAUUUUCACUCAAACUUAAUAAAAUCAUCAUUUACCUAGGAAGUAACAGACAGAAAAACUGUAGUUGUACUUAAUCAAGUGUUUCUUGUUUGUCAUCUCAAGGAUGAAGAGCGAGUGCGUCUGGAUAAGGAGCGUCUGGCUGCCCGUCUGGAGGGCCACAAGGAGGGAAUUGUACAGACUGACCAGAUCAGGUGGGAUUUAAUUAACCCUGAUAAAUAACACACUGCAGGUAGUGGUGACCUGUGCAUUAUGCUUGUACAUAGUGCAGUUGUGGCUUUAAUUGAAAUACUAUGACAGUGUCAUUUGUGUCUGCACAGGUUUACUGCAUUAGCACUAAUAAAAUACAUCCAUUUUUUUUUUUCAAUCUCUGUAUUCUGCGUCCUUUAGACUGACUCUUAAUCAAUUGGAUUACUUUUUCAUACAAAUUCAUGCAGUGUCAGGAAUAUGCAGAUUUAGAUAAGAUUUCAUGAGUAUUUUUUUUUUUCUGCAACUGAAAACUCAUCUGUCCCUGUGGAUAUGCACUAAGGAGUAAAUUCUGCCAGAGUUCACAGAUUCCACCCCAUUUUGUAUGUUUUAAAGUUUAUAAUGUUAAAUGUAAAUAAAAUGAAAUUCAGCAUUUACACUCUGUUUAUCUGGUCAUACUAGGCUAGACUCAGAUGUAACCAAGUCUGUAACUAACACAAACAAACAAAGAUGAGCUUCUGAACAGUUUCUGCUUUAGAUGUUUUUUCAUGCACCACUGUCUUUCUAUAUUAUAGGAAGUAUUUCCCACCUGAGCUGAUAGCAGAUCACAUCAGAAACAGCUGUUGUUGAAUAUAAACUCUGUUAUGAUCAUAGAAUCAUGCUGUUAAAUAUUGCAUUUGACAUAAAUAUCAGUCAUUUAAAAAAAAAUCUAUAAUGUAAUUUCUCUAUUUUUGAAAAUGAUUUAAACCCUAUCCCAAACAUGUGACUGCCAAGUUUGUCAUGUAUGUUAGAUUGUAUUGCACAUGAAACAAUGGAGUUGUACUUAUUCCUCAUUUGUUAUUAAAUUUUAUUUUACAUCUUCCUUCUUAGAUCUCUGUCUGAAGCCAUGUCGGUGGAGAAGAUUGCAGCCAUCAAAGCCAAGAUUAUGGCCAAGAAACGUUCCACCAUCAAAACAGAUCUGGAUGAUGACAUCACCCUGAAGCAGAGAAGUUUUGUGGAUGCUGAGGUGGAUGUCACCAGAGACAUUGUCAGCAGAGAGAGGGUGUGGAGAACCAGGACAACCAUUCUGCAGAGCACUGGGAAGGUCAGAAUCCAUCUGAUUAGGCUAUUUGGUAAAAUAUUGGCUUGUCAGAUCAAGAUGAUAUUUAAUCUGUUGCACUUGUCCCACUGUUUCGAAUCUUGUUAAAUUCUACCUUACUGUUCAUACCAAAGUUUAUUGUAUUGAACCAAAUCUGAGGAGCAUUCAGGGAAUAAAUGGCCCCUGGGUAAGGAGGUGUCUAAACCACCAGGUGGCAGCAGAAUUCCAUCUGUUUUCAACUUGUGCUCAAUUAAUUAGGUUUUAGUGCACAUUAUGCUUGUACAUUUCAAAGCUAUCAUUAAUUGGUUAUUAUAGAGUAUUUUAUUUCUGGCACAGUUUUAAUAACAUCUCAAAUUAAAGUCAAACAGAAAGUUUAUUAAUACAUAUCCACUAGUGGUGCAAUGGAUCACAACACUCACGGAUCGGAUCGUUCCUCGGAUCAAGAGUCACGGAUCGGAUCAUUUUUCAGAUCAGCAAAAAGCAGUUUUGUCUGUAUAUUAAACACUUAAAUGGUUGAAUUAAAAUAUAUAAAAGUAGUGCAUACGGCAUAAUAUCUUCUUUUCAACAUAAUUAUUAAUGAAAAACAACUUAAAGUGCAAUAUAUAGGCAUAUCUCCUUCCUUUAAAAUGUAACAAUGAACCAAAAAUGAAGUAUGUGCGCGGUGGGAUAUUGUAACGUGGCUCAAGCACUUUCAGCAUGUUUUUAAAGCCCUCGUUUGCACAACUGAAUAUGGCCUCAUGUCUGUAGCUAUAAACACACCGAUAGCGUUUGUGAUAGCUUUAACCCGGUCGGAUUGCGCAGGAAGAGGCUGCUUAAAUGCUGCGGUGAUGAGCGGUUGCUGGCCAGCUUUCGUUUUAUCUCAGGUGUUGUGACAUAGAAUGCACCCCUGCCGUAGAAUGCACCCCCUGACGGGAGCGCGGUUUAAAGUACAUAACGAGGCGAAAUAAUCCAAGUUUUUCUUACAUUGGAUGGAUUCAAAAGCGUUUGCCUGUAAUAAUUUCAUUCAGGCUAUUCAAAGAAGCCAAAAACAACAGCCCUUGGAAUAUUGCUGUCCCGAAAAUAUAAUGCUCUCUACCUGGACAGCUUUCUGUACAGUUUAUACCCAAGUACACCUCUAUAUUUGCAUUUUUGAGACACAUAAAAAGAAAAUGAAAGUUUGCUGCUCCAUUUGACAUGUUGUCAUGAUCUAAUACUCGUGUUUCUUUAAAUAUGAGAUCAUUAUCUCCACUUUAAGAAGCUAACGAGUGGAGGGGAUGCAGGGGUGUGUUCUACGGCAGGGGUGCAGUCUACGGCACAACACCUGUCAUUAAAACACCCGGGUGAUGUCGCUUUCAAAUGCGUGAACAUGCUCGAUGUGUUUCCACUGUCAUAUGGCUUUCUUAUGCCACAGUGCCUACACACCUUCGCAGUUUUGUCCACUGACCUCUUUCCUUCCUCAUCAUAGUUGACAGGGAAGCCAAAUUUUUUUUUUCAGAAAUCGAACCGCGGGUAACGUGUGUGCCGAACCGAUGACGUCGAUCCGAACGGAUCACGGAUCAAUGAUGAUCCGUUGCACCACUAAUAUCCACAGACCUUCCCACAAAGAUGAUUGUGCUCCUGUGGCAUAAAGGGUCAUGUGCUAUUUGAUGUCCUCAAAUAUUACUUUCUUGUUUUAUUCAUAAAUAAUUUCAUUCUCAGAACAGCAUGUGACUUAUUUGUGUCGAGGAAGUUUUAUGUCAGUGAUGUCCGCCACUGAUCAACCAAUACCGAAGUGGUAUUAAAUAAUGUCUGCACUACUCAUUUGAGCUUACAGUCAAGUAUUGGAGGAGUGCAACAGCCCACAAAGCACCCAGUUUAGGUCGAAUCACGUAUUUGAAGCUCUUGUUUUUGUCUGGCAACUAAUAAAUGAAUGAAAAUAUAAUACUAAUAUUGCCUCUUUACUGCUCACAUAGUCAUGACUGUAACCAUGAAUUUCUAUUCAUAACAAAUCACAAUGCUUAAUAAUGUCUCACAACUUCAAAUUCCUACAAUAAAAUAAAAAUACAAUAAAAAGUCCAUUAAUCAACACAAGCAAACCCGGGGUCCUAUUUUUUUGUAUUGAAAAAUGUAUUUUUGUAUUUUAUUUCAUUCAUUUUCAAUACAUCUGUAAAGAAUAAAACAUUGAACAUAUGGGUAGACAAAGCAGUAGACUGUUAAAAGCUCUAUCAAUUACCAAGUCUCUCAGUGUUGUUGCUGCCAGUCUUCGUAUUUACUGACUGAGACAAUCCCUUCUCUGUACAGCAGUGUUGAACUCAUUAUACUCCACUCUGUGUUGCUUCCCUGCAGAACUUUUCCAAGAAUAUCUUCGCCAUCCUUCAGUCAGUGAAAGCCAGGGAAGAAGGACGAGCACCGGAGCAGAGACCAACACAGAACACAACUCAAACAGUAAGAGAAGCCUCCAAGUUAUUACCAUUAUUGUUAUUAUUAUUUUUAAAUUUGGUGUUUUCUCCAUAUUUUUGUUGAAUUUCAAAAUCAGCCAGGCAACAGUGACGGCUGUUCAGUAGAGUAGCAAAACUUGGGUAGACCUUUUCAUCUUUACAAGUCCUUCCACUUGGUCUUUUUAAAUAAUCAAGCUUGAAAUCAUCAGGUGAGCUGGGAAGGGUCAGCAGUUGUUCAGUUGUGGGAAAUCUGUAAAUAAUGUGUGAGGUUUGGUUGUAUGGUGUACUGACAUAUUUGGACAGGAAUGAUUUAUUUGGUCGUUAUGUGGUUUUGUAGGACCCGUCCUUAAGGAACAAGCAGCCUGUCCAAGCUGCUUACAACAGAUACGAUCAGGAGCGAUUCAAAGGAAAAGAAGGUAAGUUUUCCUCUGGCAUCAUUAGCAUGACAUCAUAGGCAGGGGUGAUGUUUCCAAAUUUAUACUCAAUUCUUGAUUUUUGAACUGUCAAUCAGAUGUAGACUUAAAGACAUCUGAAUAAAGGAAGGAAGUAAGCUGCACAGUGAAAGCUCAAACACACACUCAGACAUAAACACCCCUCCCCCCAUUCCACCCUGCUGGCUGUAAGGUUAUACAUUAUCACUCAGCACUUUACAUGAUGCAUAUACAGUAUAUAUAUAUUUUUUGACGAAUCAGACUUCUCUCCUUGUCUGCGUAUACAUGCAGCUAAGAAAUAUGUAUUAUUGACGUAAACGUGUCCUCCCCAAAACUAGGAGGCAAUAUGGGUCUUUUCAGCAGCGCUGUUUCUAGACCUUUUUUGAAGAUGUCCCCUUCCUCUUUUUGCGACCGUCCAUAUACUUUAAAAUGUCCAUUUCUGUCAGGAUGGAAAGCAUAAUGGCACUCUCCUCGUCAUUCCAAAAGUGGACAUUCUUUCGAGCUUAAGCCAUGUUGUAGUUGCUUCUAAGUCGAAAGUUUUUUAAAUGAUAGCGCCACUUCUUCUCUGGUGUUUUUGUUCCGGGGUCAUGGAGGCAAGGCGCACGCGCACAUGCAUUGUCCGAACAUACUCCGACUACGCUGGUUACAUGGUGGAGAAAAUUGAAUUCCAAUCGCAUUAUCUGGGUGUCUUAAUCAGAAUUCUCCAACUUCAAUCAGAGUUCUCAAACUCUGAUUAUAGUCGGACUAAGAUUUUUACAUGCACUUCAGUUGUCCGGUCUGAAUCGGAGUAAGGCAAUAAUUCAGUUUUCUCAAGUGUCAUGUAAACAUACUAAAUAGAAGAAUAAAAGAAAUAAGAAAAAACAAAGCUGUGGUGUCUCGUGCAUCGAAGGAACAGAGCUGCCAAUUGUUCAUGUCCUCACAGCUCAAUGGGAAGCCAGUUGGCUUUUAGCUAAAUAGUUUUUUAACAGCUUUGGUGUGUGAUUUGGAUCAACUAGAAGAAGGCAAAAUAUGAGCUGAAAGGGCCAUACUACCACCUUUGGUAGUUGCCUCUGUGCAUUACAUAUUGUUGAUGAUGAGGUCCUAAGUAUCCUGCCUUUAACUGACAGUCUGUGUGCAGCGUUAGACAAAACACUUAAAAGAAGGAUGAAGGGGAGUGAGUGUGUGAAGGAAACUGCAGAGUUGCCUGAUCAUUGGUGACUCCAUGACUUUUACCCGUCUCUUUAUCUGGUAGAAAAAUUGUUUUCCACAAAACUAAAUGGAUUUGACGGAUGUUUUUUUUCUUCUUUUUUUUGCAUGCAUUCUUAAGUAAUAAACUAUUUUCCUUUUUCCAGUUGUCUGCAAUUAAUUGAAUGUUAUUAUUUUCUAAGAAACGGAGGGUUUCAAGAUCGACACCAUGGGCACAUACCACGGCAUGACCCUGAAGUCAGUGACGGUAAGACCAAAAGCCUGCUUCUUGCAAAUGAUUCUGGAGGAGUCUAAUCUCAAGGGUAUACUGUACAUGCACAUACACCACUGUAUCAUCCUGGAUCACAGUUUACCGAUGACUCCUUUAGUCGGUUUGGUUGGUUACGUAACGUUCCAGAUUUCAGGCCAUGAAGAACAACCAUCAGACAUAAGCUCUGAAUGGCCAUACAUGCACAAUAACCAACAUUUAUCAGCUAGAAAACAUAAAAUUAAAACAUAAACAGAAUGAAUGAAUACAGUUAUUAUGAUCCUGCACUGGGAGACAGCAUGUCAGUGCCAACCUGCUUCUUGACACAUCGCACUGUCUGAACAUUUUACUGUACAUCUUAUUUGUUAUAUUGUGUAUUUCAUACCUUUUAAUAUCUUAUAAGUGAUGAAGAAGACAGGUUUUUUUUUUUCACGUGUGCAUCAACACCAGCACAAGAGGUGGAGUCCUCCACAUGUCACCUGUGUGUUGUAAAUUUCUGGAUUCGCCGCAGUAUUUCACAUGGUUGAAUGUUACCCUCCUCUUCCCAUUUGUCUGUACCUUUGAGUCACUUUUUUCCCACCGUCUUUCUGGGACAGAAGAGGAGGUCCAGCUAUGUAGGGUUGUCAUAAUAUCAGAAAUUUCAUUUCAACAUGAUACCAGUGGGGAAAAAAAGGAUCUUAUUUCCCUGUCAUGGUGCCAUGGCAACAACAAAAGAAUUAUCUUCUAGACACCCAAAAAUUUACCUGCACUGCUUCUACUUUUACAGACGAUGUCACUGAACACAGACCAAUGUGUGACAUAAAAAGUAGUGUAUAACUACAAUCAGAUAUUUCCUUUACAUUCACACUUAUAACCCAGUGGGGGUGUUUAGUCAUUGUACAGUGGUGUAGAACUACCUGACAAGCAGCAGGUCACAAUAAUGAGAAAAUGUAUAGAGACCAUGUGAUAUGCUUGUCUCUCUCCUCCUCUCACACUCUCUCUGCCAUGAACGUAACGUGUUUUUAUUUGACUUCAGUAUUUGGGUGAAUACUGUGGAGGAGGAGAGUUAGAGGAGGGGGCUGUGUCAGUGCGUAGGCAUGGCAGAGUCACACACAGCUGGCAGGAAGAAAUGUGACUUCAGCUGCCAAAAAAACAAACCUGACACACUUCUGUGUGCGUGUGCAGAGGUGUGGACAAGUUCAUAAUUAUCCAAGAGCGUAACCGCUGUGAAACAAAACCUAGCUGAAGUGUUCUAAUUGUAGGCGAAUUUAUGAUAAAUGUCUUAAAAAUUAAUAAUUGAUCAUAAUCUUUUAAUAUGAAAUGUAUGCACUCAUUGAAAGGGGCACUGCCCACCUUAAAUAGUGAGAAAAUAAAAGAAAAACAAAAGUUUAAUUCAGAAAUCAAACAUGAAGUCACUCUUAAAUCAAUUUUAAAUCAAUCUCAUAUCUCAAUCCAGAAUUCUCAUUUCAGGGAUUCCACUUCUGGAAGAACACUAACAGACUAGAGCUUAGAAAAAUAAAUGAUCUGUUUAUGACAGGAUCAAUGAUGGUACAAUGUACAUGCAGUAAAUGAGGAUAAAUAAUAAUGGAUGAACUAAAGAUUCUGAGUCAGGUUAGGAUUAUUAAAGUUAAUCAUAGUAGUGGAAUAUGCUCUAACAUAUAAACCUACAUUAACUUUGGUGUAAGGAUAAAUUUGGGUGUGGAUUUGGAUAAAUUUAGGAUUUCUCAAAUAAGUGAUUGUUUGUUUGUUUGAAUGAUGAACGCAUGAGACAUUAUCAGCCCUGUUUGAGGCUCUGGAGGUUUGCAUACUUAAGUGAGGCUGGUCCUUGGAGUGGAUGGAGCAGGUUCACCAAAGGUCCAGGCUACCAGUGGUUUGAGAAGUUAGGCUCAGAAGAGGACUAAAGUCAGCCAAAAGAUGGGCCAGGAGUCACAGCACACAGGCCUGAAUGCAGAACCAGCACCUUUAGGACCCUUUGGAUGCUCCUUCUAUCUUACAGCCAAACUCAGACUUAGAAGAUGACUUUCUUUAAAAACCUUAGAAAAAGAAGCUUGACGGUCAACUGAAACUAAUUCCUGUGUCCUGGGACCAGAUAAGGAACCUUUCAUGGGCAGGUUUGUCUUGAUGCUACACAAGCAAACAAGAAUAGAAUACAAAUACAUAUUUUUCAAGCCCUGUAAUCAGCUUGUGGGAAUAUUCUAGAAACUAAAAUAACUUGUGCCAGUAAAUGUUGUCAUUCACAACAUCACUGCUAGACUGUUGAGCUGUGCAGCAAGGCUAAAACUGUCCUUACAAAACCUAGAAGAUCUCUGUUCUGUGAAACUUGAAGAGUCAUCAGUUUGCUAUUUAAGUGAAAAAAGGGGAAGUCCGUUAAAAAUUGACCUCCUUUCACGUACUUUAAAAUGUUGUGGCUGAAACUUCCGCCUUUCUCAGAAGUGUCACUUGGUGGUAGGUGUGAUGCGUCUGUCUGUUGGCCUUUGCAGGACGCUGCUCUGUGCUGCAGAGGUGAACAAACAGACACAUAUCACGCCUACCACCAGGUGACACUUCUGAGGAAGAAGUGUCACUGAUACUGUCACUGGUAAUCCCCGCUGAAACAUUUUAGGUACAUGAAAAAGAUCCCAUGUCUGCGAUAAAAGAAAAAAGAAAACUCUUUCUAAGAACUGAAGACACAAUGAAUAUCAUUCAAUGACCUCACUGACUGUUUGCUCCUCUUGCCUCGUAUUUCAUCCAAAACCCUCAUACUUACCAUCUGUAACACAAACUUAAGAUCUCGGAUAAAUCCAGAAAAUAGCUCUUUAUUUUCAAAACACAGAUUGUUAUUCAGUCGAAUAUAACAUGUACAUAAACUCUCUAGUGGUUUGAAUCAGACAUCAAAAUGUCAUUUAUGUUGUUUGGAAAAACUUACAAUCAUUGAAGAUCACUUGGAAUUCUUAAACACAACACAUAUGCAGCAUUCCAUGAAAGAGUAACCGCUCGAUAUUGAUUUACAAAGAGAUCGCUGACAAAUGAAGUGUGAACAAUGAGUUUAAGGAUAACAUCUUUAGCUAUGAGCCUGUUUUCUCUUUGUUCGCUCUGUUUGCAUGAAUCCUGCCCUGUCUUGUUUUCAUCAUGUUGAUGCAGGCGUUGUUUUUGGUGCUCUGGAGGUGAUGCCAGUAUUUGAGUAUUUCAUUGGGAUGAAAGCCAUGUGAUGUAAUCAGAUGGCUGUACUUGCAGCUGGAGUAAGACACCCGCCAGUGGUUAAAUAGGAAUGCAUUGGAUGGAGGAGUGGGCCCUAUGCCAAGCUUGGCCAGGCAUAUUCCCAUAUAAACAUCCUCCAGAUGAAGGCGAGGGACACUUAGCGAUACUCGAUAGAUUUUUGGCGCCAAAUCUCCAGAGAAGACGUAACCAGUCCCAGAGCAGAAGGUGGGAUACCUGUCCCCCGGGUACAGAUCUGGGGACAUGUACCACUUGCUGUUUUUGUUCCUGUUGGGUGAGAAGUUUCUCAUGUUAUUGCCAGUGAAGUAGUUAGUCUUAGGCUUCAUUUCCGGCCGGAGUAGCUUAUAAAUGAGGUACUCCGUAUUGACAAACAUGUCACUGUCUGUCUUCAUGACAUAGCUGGUUUGUGGGCAGUGUACGGCCACCCAGUUUAACCCCAUCAGUGUCUUGAUGGUCAGAUUAUUGUAGCUGUCUCUGAAGUCUUGUUGGAUGAUAUCAUGAUACCUGCGGCUCUCUGCCUCCAGCAUCCUCUGUUGUAAAAGUCCCAGCUCUCCAUCAUUACUCCCAAGCAGAAACAGACGAAUGAAUCCCAAGGUUGAGGCCACGCUCUCGUUGGCCCACGUCUGUCGAAUGGCGUUUCUAGCCUCCACCUGCCGAGCCUCAGUGGUUAUCAGCAUCACCAGGAACGGUUUGUGUUUGCUCUCUGCACAUUUGUUUGGCUCAUUGAUGACAUAAGUGAAAGGCCCCGGGUCCACAGGGCCACUGUGGUCUCUUUCUGCACUGACUGGCAAGACGUUGUCAUGUUGACUCUUUACUUGAGGAGAGGGGACAACUUCCUUCUCCCGUGAGCUGUUAUUAGCAUCAGCCUUGACGGUUGGCUGUGGAAUAAUGACCAACCUCCAUGCUGACACUUUGCUGCUCAUGUUCAGUUUGGCUUUUGUGGUCAGAGGCUCACCGCCCCCGUACACCACAGGAUGCUGGCUCGUCCACGGUAUUCCUGUGAGCCGAGGCAGGUACACCUGGUGAACCAAAAAAAGCAGAACUCCCAGGAAAGAUAACAGAUAAAAGAGAUACGCUGUGUAUGAACAGCAGUGGCGCCGCUUCCAUUGCAUGGUUGCGCCAGGUUUGAUCGGCUCAGACAGACCACACACUUGAUAUGUUGAGCUCUCAAAUCCUCUGAUGCAGCCUUAGUUCCUGGAUGCAAAGUGGGUAUUAAGUUGAGUUUUGAGGAACCGAUGCUUCAUUUUCAUAUGAACAAAUCACUUAGUUGUUGCCAUGACUACAAGGUCGAGACAAGUGUCCUUCUAAGUUCCCUUUCCUGUGAUUGCCUGUAAAACAGAGAAAGAGACAUUGGGAUUGUAUGUCUGAUUCUUCAUAAUCUACUUCGUUAUUUUCAUUAUUAUUAUUAUUGUUGUUAUUUCAAAAUCAUAACAGAAGUGUGUACUAAGGUACUAACAAAGUAGCAAGGAGUAAGACUGAUGUUGGCCUUGUGGCAGUAUUUUUUUGUUUAAGUACAAAAACAACGUUGCAGCUGAGUGAAAAACUUGACAUGCACAAUUUUGUGCCAAUAUCAGAUCAAUAUCCGUAUCAGCCAAUAUUGAAGGCAACAAUAUCUGUAUCGUAUCGGAAGUCAAAGAGUUGUAUCGAGACACCCCUUGUCCAAAGUGUCCAUUAGCCCGGUAGGCUUGGCUGUGUGAUCCUCUAAAUGUUACUCAUUUAUUUUAUUAGUUUUUUGUAUCGUUGGACAUGGACUAAUAUUCCUAUUCUGUUUUUGAUGAUCAACAUUGCCUGCUCAUUUUCCUCUGUAUUCACUUUCCUAGGAGGGGUCAUCUCUUGCCUCUUUGUUUUCCCAUGACUGUGUUUAAUAUUACAAAUUAACUGGAGUAAACAAACCUUAUAAUUGACGUGAAAUCAGUGUUCCUUCCUUGUUUGAUACUCUCUCGUGGUUUGGAGGCCAUAACAUUAGAUAACAAAAAAGGACAAUUUUUUGCUCUUCUUACUUUCUCUGUGGCAUGUAUGGAUUGAUAUUAAAAGAUUAAACCUGCACAUUUUGGCUCACUCUGGUUCCUCAAAACAUUGUUUGAGGUUACGUUCACAUCGUCAUCUAUGCAAGUCAGUUUUUCACUGUGGGAUCCUCGGUUAUUUGGCGAUAAGGACUUUUUUUUUUUUAGACCCAAACAAAAGUAAACAGAAAAUGUCUUUGUCUUGGCCGUCUAGUCUUUUGUGUUGAUUCGUAUCUUGGUGAGGAAGGGUCGUAUAAAGAACAGCCUAUGUCUGCGGGCUGUGAGCACCCUGAAGUGGAGUGUGUUCUGUCAGUUUUUUACUAAAUUACACACUUCCCCUCUUGGAGGACCCCAUCAAGACAAAGAGUGGUCUGUAAGAGCUGAAAAGACUCCUGUGAGCCCCUUUGCAUACAUAAACAGGAAUAGAAACUAGUGCUUUGCUGAAGGCACACCCUUCACAUCCUGUACAGCACAUAAACACCAACUGAUUUAGUAUGUUGAAAUUAGUGUGUGGCACUGAUGUGCAUAAGCAUUUUUAAGCCCCCACAGCAUCAACUCACCCAUUUUAAUUUGAAUACUCGUCUAUUUCUGGCAUCCAUCAUUCCGGGAUGAGAUGAAUUACUGUCCCCUCACACUGAUGGCUUUUUCGGUCACUGAUCCUACUGUGCUUCUGCCCAAAUCACCAUCAGCUCGACCCCUUAUUUCCUUGUGUAUUUGCUUUUUACCUUGCGACACGUGACAAGCAGUCUCCUGUUUUUCACCCAUACCAUCAUGCUGUCCUUCCUUUGAGAAUUUCUUUCCUUCUAGCUACUGGUAGCUAUCCUCCCCAUCCAUGCACAAAUGUGUUUGUGCAUGCGUGCAUGGGCAGAACAUGUGUCAGAGCUCCAGUGUUGCAGCCUCUCCAUCUGUCUUGGCGCAUUGUCCCUGGAAGCUUGAUGCUAACAGUGCUGCGCUGCCGUUUCUGCCUAUGGUCGAAGGUGGUGAAGAAACAUAAGUUGACAGUUGGCUGCAGCCUUCGGUCCUCUCAGUGUCCUCGCUGGUUGUGUUGUGCAAAUCCAAACAGCGGUGUGAAGGUCUGAGUCUUCUCUGGAUGAAGCAUUAGCCCGACAAGUCUCCAUUCAUCCAGCUUCUCCUCUGUUUUUUCAUACAGAUCCUUGUUUCCUCUUGUCCGUCCUUUCUGAUUCACACGCUCUCGUGUUAACUCCCACCCCCCCCACGUGCUUCUGUCCCUUUUUUGUUUCCUCUUCCCUCUUUCUCACCCUCCGUAUGCAGAAAGCCUGCGUAUUGCUUUGUGCUGGCUGCGUGUGUGGGGUAAAGGCAGCGGGGGGAGGAGGAAGAUGAACAGGAGGAAGCGCUGUGAGUUGUGUGUGCGUUCCGAAAGGCAGCUCCGGGCUUGGUGGCGGUACGCUCACUCACCACGUCACGCCGUCUCUGCUGCUGUUGCUGCCUGCUCUGUUGAAGGGAGGAACGUGGGGAGGGGGGCUGCGCUGCUGACCUAUUUGUAUUCACGCCCACUCUCCAGGAUGGGGAAUAAACCAUUAUCUCAAUUGCGAAAUAUGUGGAGAGAGGGGAUAAGCCUUUAUGUCAACACUUCUGUAGAUUGAGAUUUGCAGACUGACUAAUUUUAUUGAGAGAUGUGAAACAGGAGAUUACAUUUUCUCACUUGACAGUCAGUGCAACUAACAAAACCACGCUUACUCAGCCUGUAAUGCGCCUCCUGCCAGUCUCUUGUUCUGGAGGAUAAUGAUGAUUUGAACACAGAUAAUUAAAACAAUGAUCCGUCUACGCUCACUCAACCAUAGUGGGCUGCACGCCUGAAUUUCCACACUGGGCAUUGUCAUGGUAAAUCUGCUCUGUAAUGAAAGGGAGACUUUUUUGGUAAGGGAAGGGAUGCACUUGUCCAUAUUUUGUCCCUUUUACUUUUUUGCAUACAUCAUCAUAGACAUUCAUGAUUCUUCUGCCUCCUAUUAGAGCUGCAGUAUCUCAUCAGAAAAUAAUGAUCUAAUACUGUCUGUAUGCUUAAACUCAACCCCCUAAUUAGCAGACAGCAAGUGUCCUCCAUUAAGACUUAAUUGAGUAAUAGGCUCCUCUCAUACACAUAUUGACAUGACGCAUUUGGACUGUGUUCCAGCAUUGACUGCCAAGAGAAAAGCAAUACAAUUUCUUUGUGUUGAACUACAGCUUUAGUUUUUUUUUAAAUCAUGCAGUUUAUGCUCCACCCUUUGGUUUUAAUCUCAGCGCUUCAUGCAUAUGGUAUGAAAGUUCAACAGCUGCCCCGAGAUGCUAGACUCUUGGGUUUAAAGGAUUUUUUGCAUUUAUUCGCUGGCCACCAUCCAGCUGCCAUCUCGCUGAAAUACUCUAUUUUCAAACUAUGACGAGGAGCGGAGCAUAUCUUUGUGUAAAGUGCACUAUCAGUGGAGAGGAGCUGCUGCUGAGCUGCAGACGAGCAGUUUAUCCGUAAUUGACAGUGAUCCUGCAGAGCUGCUGAUAGACCCGGUCCUGCAGCUAGUGGGGAGGAUAAAGAGAAAAUAGAAUUGUUCCUCCUCGUGAGACCCGAGGGGCCUGCUAAUGGUAAAGACUGGUUGUUUAUAAUUCAUUUAUGUCACUGCCAGAGUGCUGACAGUGUGUAAAUGUCAUUUUCUGAGCGUUGGCACAGGGCUUUUUUUAUUCUCUGCUCUGUCCUGGCAUCAGUGGGAAACAAGGAGAUGAGGUCUGCAAGCUCUUUAUGAGGAUUUUUAAUCAGCAACACUGCAGCAAAGUCUAAAAAUGUAUCUCAUAAAGUAUUGAGUCAUUUUUCCGUAUUUUUGUGGGCACACUUUGCUUGAAUAAUUUACUCUGAAGUUCAACAACAGAUUCUUCUAACUACAUGUCACUCCCAUAUGAAACAGUUUUGGCCUUUGUAGUCUUCUUGACUAGAUUGUAACCAAAAACGAUCAACACAAGCUUGCUUUUGUUUGUACACAUUUUGAAACAUGACUAUGAUCAUCUCGUCCUCCAUCAAAGAUGUUCGAAUUACACUAACAAACUCAUACCUUUAAGAGACCAAAUAGUCAUGAUAACAAGAAUAUGAAAAGGAUGCAUGAAUACACCAAGAAGAGGCUUUGGAAAUAGACCAACAUUGAAAUAGCUUUGCAACAUUAACAUACAUUAAACAGACAUUAAACAGCGAGCUCUGGUUACUUCUGAUUUUAAAAUGACAAUUUAAAAUGGAAGUUUUUCUUAACCUCUCCCUGAUUGUGUCAGAUCAUGAUCCAUUUCAAAAAGAAGAAGUAUUGACUCAGUGGCCAUUUCCUGUCUGUCACAGUGUUCUCUAAUCCUUAUCAAAGUAGAUAGCCGGCCAGAGACACUAGCAUCACAGAUAAAGAGUUUAAAGCAGUGAUGAAUUUUGUCAUCUUUAAUCUGCUCUGAAGGAGUAAUUGUGUCCACACAAUGAAGCACCUUAGGUUGAUUAUUUUUUUGUAGUGUUCAAUUGGAAUGUUUUUUUUUAGAGGGGAACUUCGAUAUUUUUUAACCUGGGCCCUAUUUUCUCAUGUGUUUGUGUGUGCUUGAUUGAUGAGCAGGACUUCUUCUGUAAUUGGUCCAGUACUGAGGUAGAGCAGAGCAGAGCAGCCUUUUAGAUGUGAAACAAGCUAAAAUGUAGUCUGACAGGGCACAUGCACAUCACCAAACUGUGUCCACUACAAGUGCUUUAUUUCACCUAUGAGAGGCUCAGGUUGUUAAUACUCACCUGUGUUUCUAAAGAAAAAUCCACCGCCUAACUGUUCUCAGACGAGCUCUGCUCCAGUCCCAGUGCUCUCUGACCCUCGAGGUGUUACUCACUCAUGUGUCCUCUGUAGUCUUCCUGCAACAAUGAGAUCUCAUGAGAUGUUUUCUACCGAUGAGAUUUGGUUGUACACAGACUGGCACAAGUAAAAGAAGAGGGAAACUGUUGUCAUUCCUGGAAUAACCCGUUUUGCAAAAAAACGACAUCUUGGACAUUGCACAAUGCAUUGUGGGUAUGCAUGGAAGCAGUCUGGGACUGAGAGCAUCCAAACACAAUCUGUGUGUUUCCAUACCACUCUGUAAUAGAUGUGGAUAACUCAAUGUGUUGUCCUUCCAACCAUCCUGGAGGAUAUCAGGAUCAGGUAGGCAGAUUAUACCCCCCAUCUAAAAUGAAUUUGGACAGCCUCUGGUUCGCAAUUUCUUUGGUAUCUUCUUCCGGUGUAGCCUUUGGUCGAAGGUUUAACAAACAUGCUGCACGGCAACAAGCAACAAAGUCUAUUUUCUCUGCAUUUAUCGCUACAACAUCACGUUCAGAUAAAUAAUGUUUUAGUUGACUUACCGUCAUAUUACUAGAUUGAUCUUCUUUCUCCAUUGCAGCCCUUCUUUAGAGCUGUGGAGCAUGGUGCAGAGAUUGUGUUUGGACGCUUUCAGUCCCAGAAUGCUGCGGUGCAUACCCACAAUGCAUUGCGCGAUGUCCAAGAUGGCGGUAUUUGCUAAGCGAGUUAUGGCAAGGCUGUCCCUCAAUACUGGACCAAUUUUAGAAAUCGUUCUCCCCAUCACUCAAGCACGCACAAAUACAUGGGGAAAUUAGGGCCCUGGUUGAAAAAUACAAAAGUUCCCCUUUAACAGACGAUGCUGUGAAAGUAGAGCAGGUCAGCCAACAGGGUGCUGAUACAUAAUGCAGACAGAGGUUGUUGUUUUGUGUUUGUUUGUUUUUUGGUUUUAUAAACUAACACAAUUUGAUAAUAACAGCCAUCAUUUCAUGCACAUUACAUUCUAGUUUACAUUCAUACAUGAAAGAGUAUACACAGUAGUCACACAUAGAAGAAUAGACUUGAUAUAUCUUAUAGAUUUCAUAAUAUGUCUGAUAGAACUGCGUUAUUCUAAACACUAUAACAGAUUUAAGAUUUGAUGGGCUGUUAUUUAGUGUGGAGCAAGCAUUAAUGUUGCUCAUCAGCUGCAGCCAUACUGAUGAGUCUGCCUGCAGUGUCUGCAGAAAUUAUCUUUUUUUUAUCAGCCCAAUUAAUGCGUCUGCCUGCAGAGCUUUGAUCCAUGUGUACAUGUAAUUUUUGACACUUUGUUUAACACGCACAAGAAAAUCCGAGAUUGUUGAAGUGAGAGCUGUGAUAGCAAACAGUCGUUGCUAACUUACAUUCAUUAUGUUCCAACGUGUAACAUGAGCCUCUGAAAUACAGUGAAAACAACCAACAAAUCAAUUUCCAUCAAAACUGAGCCAGUGUUGAGCCAAGUAGUUAUCACGUCCAUGACAGCUUUAGGUUUGUCUUCAUUUUUGCUUUGGGUUCAGCCCAACACUCCACGUUAGCAUAUGAUCGAUCCAGUGUGUUAUUUGGGUGAAAUGAUCCCUCUGUUGGCUGUUGGCUCUGAACAAUUAGCUUCAGCCACAGGCCAACAAGGUCUGCAUUUUUCUGCAUCAGCGUGAGCUCCAGCCUGCGGGAAUGUCACCACAUGAUGGAUUACUGCCACACUGUCACCCCAUAGCAUGGCCCCCCUUUGAUGCCCCACUUCCCGACCACCACACACACACACACACACACACACACACACACACACACACACACACACACACACACACACACACAGACACACAUUCACUUACUCACUUACACAAUCACUUCUCUAGUUGGAGUCAGAAGUGUCCUGGAGGGAAUUAGGACCACAUUUUACAAGGGAAAUUCUAUUAAUAUAAAAAAGGGUCGCCUGUCACAAAUGGUACUUUUGCUUGAUCUACUUUUUCUUGUCACGCUGUAAAUGAAAGUUUGUUACAUGUUACAACCCUGUUAAGUCACAAGUGUUGUAAAACAGUCUGAACAACUGAUUCCUAUCAACUGGUUUGGUCUUAAAGAUUAAAUCACAUACUAAGACAAAUUAUGUCUUUUUUAAUCACAAGAAUAUAAUUUAGAUAUAAAGUAUGUUUAAAAAAAAUGACUCUUGUGCUGUUUUUGUGUGUUUCUUUUGUCUAGGAAGGAGCAUCUGCUCGAAAGGCCCAGACUCCUGCUCUGCAGCCUGUCCCACGCCCAGGUUAGUGUGGAAUUCAAAAUGUCACAUUCAUCUAAGUCCUUUACUUAAUAUCAAUAAAAGUAAGUAACAGUUUGGAAACAGAGGGACGACUACUGCUCAUUUAUGUUUCGGUUAAGUCAGUAGUAACUCAUUGUCAAAGGUGGGGAAGAGAUACAUCAGAUGUCACGUCCUCUUCGAAAGAAGCAUCAGAGACAGGACACAAGAAGAAGAUACAGGAGCCUUUUUCAGGAGUGGCGUUGGUAGCAGAACGUUAAAGAGACGAUAAGUUUAGACAAUUAAUAUUUUAGUCACCCACCAGUUGCUCCAUUUAAAUCUAGCCUUCCAAGUUAAAAAUGUUAUGACUAUGUUUUUUUUAUUUAUCAGCACAGUUGAGUAUUAAAUACAGAUAUAGUGGUACUGUAUUGGUUUAAAAAACAGUCUAGUGUUGAUACUUUUUAAUACAACUUUAAAUGCAUAUUUUAUUUGAAUCUUUUGUUUUGAAAUUUCUAACUGUACCUGGACAGUAGAGGACGAGGAGGUCUCCUCGUGGAAUUUAAUCCAAAGCUGCUGUGAACUGAAGAGCGAGAGCAGUGACGGUUAAGAGACUAAGAGAGAGGAAGUGAAGAAUGCCAGAAACUGAAAUAAAGUGGAAAAACAGAAAUAAGAUGAGACUUUCUGUUUCAGCGCUGUAACAUGCAAAAACACAAACUAAGCUACAAAACCGAGAAGGCAGUUGACACUUUUUGCUUCUCUGUGCAUCAUCCUCUGUAAGGCCUGCAGCUCUUUAACACACGUGCACUAAACUGACACUUUUUAGAGUUCUCCAUGCAUGUCCCACUAAUGCACAAGUUCCAUUAGUUACCACAGAAAACAAAGAGGAGAGACGGGGAAUAAAAAUAGUCAGUUAUUCAAAGUCGUGUCUGAUAUGGGGCUGCUGUCACGUUUGUUGUAAUCAGAGUUAUUCCUAAGCAUCGCCUGGUGACUCUCAUAGUUGGGUAGUUGUCUGUGUCAGUCAGUCAGUCAGUCAGUCAACCAGAAAAGAAUACACUUCAAUCAGUCCGCCUCAUUCCCAGACCUGAAAUAUCUCUUGUGCUUUGGUGUUUAUGCCGCAGCUUACUCACUCAGAGAGAAAGUCUACAGCAGAGUACAGGACCUGAUUUGACACACAUUACUUUCUUAUAUGACCAUGUCACAGAAAGCAUGAAAAAGAUCUGCGGUUGCAAAUGCUUCACUGAAAGGGACUUUUGUUUCGCCAACAGAAUGUCAUGUCUGUUUCUUCCUGCAAAUUCUGACCCUAAGUUAUUUCCUGCAGCUAUUCAAAGUACUGUUGUGAGGGGACAACAAAGCAGCAUCAGUCUGUGUGUCUGUGUGAACUGACUGCUUGACCAUGACACAUCAGCUCUACAGCGCUGAUGGAGAUUACCGUAUUAGAGGAGUAAAAGUGUUGGAAAAGUACAUCUCAAUGUUAUUUCUGCAAACCUAAGACCUUCAAGUCCGUUUAGAAAUUAACUUUUUGUUUGAUCUACUCCCCUGAACCCUUUGUGUAAAUAACUAUUUCACAGGUUUAGAAUUUAGGUAAAAAACACAGUGCACAACUUAAAGCUUUGGCUGGAAAAAAAGUCUUUUUUUCACCAGCCAAGUGCCCAAAGAGUGUUUUAUUUUUAUCUCGUAAGGCCCAGUAUCAUCAGCAUAAAGACAAUUCUCUACAAGUGUCAUUUAAGGUAGGACAGAUAAACAGGACGGUUAACAAAUGCUGGUUCCAGUUACAGCGGAAAUCAGAUGUUGUAGGUGGGAAUGACGUUGCACCCGAGUUGACAACGUUCCAGUUUACAAGUAGGAAAACCAAGAUGGACGCCUGCUGUCAGCUGUUGUCAGCUGCUGUUAACAAUUCUCAGCUGUCAUUAGCUGUUGUUAGUUGUUGUUAGCUAUACCAGUUGUAAACAACACAUAACACAAUAUUUUACUCUUACAAACACCAUAGCACCGUGUUCACAGUAACAUGUUGGGCAGAACAACAGAUACCACUUGUUUAAUUUCACAAAAACAAAACAGAAGUGCAAAUAAAAAAUACAUUACCAGAGCUUUUACUGUUACUCUUUACUGUUGAUGCACUGCGCUGCCAUCUUGGAUUAUGACAUUGUCGUCAAGUCGGGGUUGGUGAGGAUCAUCCGACUUUCCAAGGCGGAAAUCCGACUUCAGGGAGGUGUUCCAGUUGAAUUUCCGACUCGGAGCUCGGAAGUCCCAACUUCUGAGUACAACUAGAACGCAGCAAUAGAUCUGACUGUGUUCAGUAAAUUUGUCAUCAACAAUCAUGCACAUGUUUUCAUAAAGUUUCAACCUUUUUUUUCCUUUGUUUUCCCUCCAGUGUCACAAGCCAGACCUCCACCAAAUCAGAAAAAAGGUACGUAAGUCACACCCAGUCAGAUUCUUUGUUUUGCAUUAAAGCUGCUGUCAGGAACUUUGACUUUGAGUAUGGCGACCCUCAUGGACAAAGAUGCAUGUACAUCUUAUCUCUGCAAUGAUUUGGUCCUGCACAUGUAGGAAAGGAUUGUUCCUCUUGUUUGUUUUAAUUAAAAAUAUAUAUGUUGUAUACAACUCUAACAAAGUCAAAUCUAUCACGAAUCACUAUUUCUUCUUAAAAAGGAGACAAGUCUGUUUCCUCAGUGAGCUGUCAACCAUCCGGUUCUGCUCGUGUCAUAAGCAGUAAAUGAUGACAGUAACAUUUUCAGUUGAACUGGUGAUUGGCCUGUUUGCUUGUGUUGUUCAGAGAGAGGUUUCAGUCAUUGUUGAGUUAUUUUACUGCCUGUUGUAAGGUCUUUAUUAACGCUUCCCGCAGGUUCCCGGACCCCCAUCAUUAUCAUCCCUGCCGCCACCACCUCACUCAUCACAAUGCUCAAUGCUAAAGAUCUCCUGCAGGAUCUAAAGUACGUAUGCUUACUCAACCUGUUCAUAUUUGUCUCUAUCUUCUUUGAACUCAGCAACUUUUACUCCUGAGGGCUCUUUGCUCUUUUUGCAGGAAUUUUAUCCUCUUUUUCCUGAUUGAUAUGUGAAAAUAUGUCAGUUCAUUAGGCUGCUGCUCUGAAAGGCAAGACACACCGUUUGUUUAUUAUCAUGAUAAGGAUGGGUCACGGCAUUGAAAAAUAUGCAAGUGCAUUUGAGAGCGAUUACAGACUGUGGUGUUUGACAGCAACUAAAUGCGUGAAACACAAAGACAGACCAAUGCACAACUCUGACUUUUUAAAGAUGGUUUUAGUCUUUGCAUUAGACUCGCAUAGCUGUCACGGGGAGAGACGGGUAGAAAUGAUAAUAAUAAACUUUUAUUUGUAGAGCACUUAUAAAAACAGACAUUUACAAAGUGCUCUGACAGAAGGUGAAGCAGCACAAAAAUAGAAACAAGAAGCACAAAUCAAGGCCACAGAAAUUGAAGACCGUUUUCAUAUCUCAUAAGAAACCCAGACAAUACAAGAGCCAUGCAACAUGAAAUGAGACCAUGAAAGAUUGUGGGACCUUAGCUCAAAAGAUGGGGUUACCCACUCACCCACAAAUUCUCCAUUCUAUAUGACAAACAAAAUUGCGAGUGGAAGUUCCUCCUUAAUAAAACAUGAGCUUCAUUUUAUUACGAAAUGCAUUUAUUUGAAGUUGUUCAGAUGAGUUCAUUUACACAAGAUCAGCAGUAUCUUCCCAAAAGGAAAAGUAGAGAGGAUUACACUGCCAUCCAGACUCUUCCCCAGUGUACAAAUUUUAUAGUUCAUUGUUUUUUAAUGGACCGAUUUGUUAUUUCUGCUGUCUAGAGAUUACAUUUACCUGCAACAGAGCCUAUGCACUUACACAUAGAACCUCGCUAGGGCUUAAUAUUGCUGUGAUUUCAUAUUGCAAUACAGUGCUGUGGGAGCACAGGAGGCACCGCUUGUGAACAAACAGCUCUGUUCUGCCCUGUCUGUUCAGCUCUUACACUUCACCUCUGCCUUGACCUCAUAGCACCUUUAGAGCUACCUUUGGGGAGGCGUAAUGACUUGACCCCACCAUUAUGCCUCCUUUCAAGUCAAGUCAAGUCAAGCUUUUUUAUUGUCAGUUUCUAUCUUAUGCGAGCACAUUCGCAGGACUUCCAAAUAACAUUUCUCUCCAGCCCACGGUGCAAAAAUACAGAGAAUAUAGAAAGAUACAGUAGAGAGAAGGAUAAUGCAGUAGAAGAAAGAGUGUUUUUUUAUGUAUGCAUAUACACACAUAUAUACCAUAUGUAUUUAUACAGUCACAUACAGAUGCAUGCCUAGCCACCAGAAAAAUGAUUCUGCUGUACAUAUUUACACAUGAUGACCUGAAGUGCAGGUGGUGGGUGCAGUAAGCAGUAUUGUAUUGAUGUGAACAGUAGCAUGUAUGUCAACAGUGGAAAUCUAGUGCAAAAAAAACCAAGAUGGGUAAUUCUGUAACAGCAGCAAAGGUUUAAAUGCAAAUACUAUGUGUCCAGUAAGGGUUGAGAGGGGGUUCAGAGUCCAGUGGUUUGGGGGUGGGGUCAUCAGGUCCUGACAGCCUAGUGGAGGAAGCUGUUAGUUUGGUAGAGCAGACCCUGAGGGUGCAGUGCCCUCCCCUGAUGGCAGGAGGUUGAACAUUGCACAUUGCAGGUGAAGGUAAAGUCAGGUAAAGGAGUUUUAUCAUGUCAGGGUUAGUUUUCCAUUUACUUUUUGCAGUCAAUUAUCACCCCCUCCCUCUGCAGUGAGAUCUCUCUAUAACAGUGUCAGCUUUGGUUUCUUUUAAGGAAUCAGUCACAUCACUUUUUCAGGUAACUUUGGAUUUAAGCCUAAUGUCAUGGGAAAAAAUACAGAUACCCCAAAUCUUUUAGUCUCACAAUUUGGCAGAUGAGGAUUAAACUUAGUGUGUCCUGUGUCUGAAAUCUAAUCCAUGGACUCAGAAGGAGCUGAAAAAAUGGCUUAAUUCAAAGGAGUUGAAUAACGGAUAUAAUGUCUUUCAAGUUAACAUCCUUGUUUCUACCUGCCAGGUUUGUUACACCAGAAGAGAAGAAGAAGCAGGGCAUCCAGCGAGACAACGAGGUUCUGCUCCAGAGGCGCAAAGAUCAGAUCCAGCCAGGAGGCACAACUCUGAGUGUCACCGUGCCGUACAGAGUCAUAGACCAGCCACUUAAACUGGCUGCACAGGACUGGUGAGUGACUGCGCUGAAAAACCCUGAGUGAUGCUGCAGGAGGGAGAGUUGAGCGCUUGUUAGGUUGUUUCUGAAUCCGGAUAAACAGGUUUUCAAAUGGACUCCUCAGUGGUACAAAGAGCAGUUGUGGAGUUGGGGUGCAGUGAGUCGACUUAAGGUGUCAGUCGGAUUCUGAUCCAAGAAGCUAACAUCUGAUAUCAGUGGCAAAGGGUCAGAUCUGUUUAACUCAGUUCAAGUCAGGGUUGGGUCUUGUCAGAAAAAUUAUACUGCAUCUGACUUGGAUCCGUUGCAAUACAACGGUAUUCAAAUAUGGUAAAGGUUGCAGCUGUGGUCUUUACUGGGAGAACAAAGACAGCUUAGUUCAUCAUCAGGUUCCUGCUUAUCAGUUCAAUGUCACACUGUUGGGAAAACAACCUGUGAGUGAAAUUGAAGCUUUCAUCUAGUUACGUGGUUUCAGUGGAAAAGUAUCAGUCCCAACUCCAAGGCCAUACUUCUCCUUUCUUAUGCUCAAUAAAAAGGAACAGAUAUAACCCUGCAACCAUUCACACCGAGUGAUUUUCAGUAAAUGAUGAUUAACAAAUGUAUAUAAUGAUAACAUACGUAUGUGAUAGCAUACACAUGCAAUUUUUCUUUCAGGUCUCAUUCUGAGGGGAUCUUACUAACAUUAUUACUCAUUUAUCAUGCAUUAAUUUUAUUUCUAUUUCCUUGAGGGAACCUUCCCGAAAGAACAAAUAAAGUCUGAUCUAUACAAAUAAAUCACUCACUUGCUGUAUGUAAUAGAGGCUUGUCACAGCAGGGAAAAUUUGUUCUCUUUGAUGAAUUUACCAUGUUUGUCCUGUUUGGUUUGUUUGUGUUUUUUCUGUUUUUGUUAUAUUCCUGUUACAUUGACAGAAUCACAUAUCUUUUUGAUACAGUUCUUUAACUCUGUUUAUUUACUGAGGCUCCAGAUCAUCGUCCAGUUUGAGUUGUAUGAAGCUCAAAAGAUAUAACAUUUCAUAUCAUUAUUUUCAAACCAUUUCACUGAUUGUAGUAAUCAUCCAAUAUGUGUUUUGUAGUUAGGGUUUUAUCCUUAGCUUGCUGAAUAAGAACAAUUAUAUUCUUGUACAAUAUGAACCUUUUUUUUUUUUUUGCUUCAUUGGGUUUAAGUACUCCAGCCUUUGUGAAGAUGAGCUGUUAUGAUUGCGCAGCCAUCGUAUGCCUUUGUUCGAACAUGAAACAAACAGACCACUCCACUGAUGGCUGAGUGGUUGAUCCAAGGCAGAGGUUGAGUCAUUACUGUUGAGCUGCAUGUGUAAUCCUGAGUCAUGUUUGUCUGAGUUUUCAGCGCUAAGUGGUUUUACCAUGAUACAACAGACACAAACACUAACACUUUCCCCUUUUGUGGCACUUUGUAUUUCAAAUUUGAAAAAAAUCCCAAAUAAACGUGUCCACGCCAGAGCACAAACCAUGCAGUAGAAAUUGUUUGGAGGUCUGUUAUGUUGCGUUCACACCAAGCGCAAAUAAAACCAUCUACUCACUUAAUUCACACAUAUCUAGACGCAGGAAUGUUGUGUAUUUACUUGCUUCAUUUGCGAGAAUGACACAAUUGAUUCGUGUGGUUGUAUCGCGUCUGCGGAGAGCCCAAAGUUUGGGUAUAUGCAGGGUCUUGAAAAGUCUUCAAAUGUCUAAAAUCCAAUAAUUUGAAUUUAAGGCCUUGAAAUGUCUAAAAUUCCCUAAAACCACAUAAAAUGUCUUAUAUACAAUUUUGAAAGGUCUUAAAAAUGCAUUUACUCCACUUUCAAUACAGAUAAAUAACAUGACCUAGGAAAAAAGAUUGAAGUAAUGUAAAAUGUUCCGAUUUCCCUUCAUGUCUUUUGUACUUCUUUGCCAGUAUAGAUGUUAAAUUGGUCUUUAAUUGUAUUCAUAACGGCCUUUAAAAACUCAUGUGUCAUUAUGGCAGAGAAGGGAAAGAGAGGAGGGAUUCCUACACAGCUUGUCCUACAGUAGCCCUUGCAUGACUUGGUGUGCAAAAACACAGCAGAAGAUUUAAACGCAUUCUUCCACUGUGGCUCUUCUCUCCAUCUGUCUUAUGUAACAUUUGAAGCUAUCUCUAAAUCCCCACAUUUGAAUAUUUUGUAUCUGGCAGUGAUUUAAUUCACAUCUGUCUUUUCUCAUAAUUUUGUGAAUGUUUUGUGCUGCAGGGAUCGGGUGGUGGCCGUAUUCGUGCAGGGUCCUGCCUGGCAGUUCAAAGGCUGGCCGUGGCUGCUGCCUGAUGGAUCUCCUGUGGACAUUUUUGCCAAAAGUGAGUGAAAGAGACUGCAAUGUUCUUUUAGAAAUGUGUGGCAUCAUUUUGUGUUUGCUAGUGAUGACAUAACAGCUGCUAGUGUUGAAACACUGAAAUGUGAUUCAAUGGGAAACCAGUGUUCCUGUGUACCAGCGUUUAUUUUCAAACCCAUUGAAGUUGUAAGCAUUAAAAAACAAUUGAUGCUUUUAUAAAAGGUGAGCUUUAGAUUAUUUUUAUAUGGGUAGCUUCAUGCAGUUUUUCCCUCUUGACACAGGCUGUAUGUGAAAACCAGCAUCUCAGAUUAUAUUGAUUUCCUAUUCAAGUGUGCUUUCUAAACUUAUGUCAAAUUUGGAUUAUCAGUGCUGCUGGUAAAUCAAACAGUAGAAUUUUCAUGGAGCGUCUUCAAGGGACCAAAAAAAAAGGAACCUUAUGUGGGAGUGACGUGGUAGAAAUGUUGGCCUCUGAGUAACAGUGGGAUAACAGAGUCACAGUAUUUACUGAAAGUAUUCACAGCCCUACACUUUCGUCACAUUUUCUUGUGUUACAACUCGAGAUGUAACGAUAUGAAAAUUUAACAUCACGGUGAUCACGGUAUUGUUGAAAUAUGUUCAAAAUGUUUAAAAAGUACGUAUACACGCCCUGAAAUCAUUUAACAAAGUUUUAUUUUGAAAAAAAACAAUCAAAAUAACAUGCAGAAUGAACUUUUCCUUAACUUAAAUAACAGAGGAACGAUAAGCUUAAAAAACUGAAGGCAGGGCCUUAAAAGAGCCAGAGGUAAUCAACACUAGUACAAGUAAUAACAAAGUACAAAGUAAUGUGCCAGAGGCAUAAACAUUAACAUAAAAACAAAUAAAUCAAAUUUAAAUAAAAUGACAUUCCUUAUUGUAAGAAUCUUCAGUGCUCAAAAAGAUCUACUCUUACACAUAUAGAAUAGAGCAACACUACUCUAUGAAAUAAUACAACCAAAUGUAAACAAAUGUGUAGUGCAGGUGUUUAAAAUAACAUAAAAUAUGUCAACAAAUCAAAUGAACCACACCAAUUGUCCGUUUUCUCCACCAUAAGGUGCUGCUGCUGACUUUGUUCACUACUUGAGAUUGAAAUUAAAAUUUGAAACAGUUGUACUAACCGUCAGACAUUUUACCGCGGUUUAUCAUUUUACCAGUAAUCAUUAAAUCCCCAGUUACAACCUUAUUCCAAAACGGAUUAAAUUCAUGUUUUUCCUCAGAAUUGUACACACAGUACCUUAUAAUGACAAAGUGAAUAAAUUUAUGUUCGAAACUUUUGCCAAUUUCUUGAAAAUCCAAAUCAAAUAUUUAACAUGUACAUAAGUAUUUACAGCGUUUGCUCAGUACUCUGUAGGUGCACUCUUGGCAGCAGUGACACCCCUCAAGUCUUUUUGAGUCUGAUGCUACGAGCUUGGCACACCUAUUUUUGAGCAGGUUCUCCCAUUCUUCUUUGUGAAACCUCACAAAUUCCAUCAAGUUGGAUGGAGAGCAUUGGUGCACAGCCAUUUUCAGAUCUCUCCAGAGAUGUUCAAUCAGGUUCAAGUCUGGGCUCUGUCUGGGCCACUCAGAGACAUUCAUAGAGUUUUCCUGAAGCCACUGCUUUGUUAUCUUGGCUGUGUGCUUGGAGUGGUUGUCCUGUUAAAAGAGGAAUCUACACCCCAGCCUGAAUCCCCACAAGAGUUCAAGAGUUCAAUCUUUGUUGGAUGACACUAGAAAAUUUUGUUUCUCAUGGUCUGAGAGUUGUUCAGGUGCCUCUUGGCGGACUCCUGGUGGGCUGUCAUGAGCUUUUUAGUGAGGAGUGACUUCAGUCUGGUCACUUUACCAUACAGGCCUGAUUGGUGGAGUGCUGCAUAAAUGGUUGUCCAUCUAGAUGGUUUCUCCUCUCCUCACAGCAACACUGGAGCUCUGUCGAAGUGACUAUGGGCUUCUUGGUCAUCUCCCUCACUAAGGCCCUUCUACUGCAAUCACUCAGAUUAGCUGAUAUUGAACUUUCAAAUGUGUGUGUUUGUGUGUUUUCCCUCCAGUUCGAGCCUUUCACCUGAAGUACGAUGAGGCAAAAACUGACCCAAAUGUGCAGAAGUGGGAUGUGACCGUUCUGGAGCUGAGUCGCCACCGACGCCAUCUGGACCGGCCCAUUUUCCUGCGCUUUUGGGAAACCCUGGACAGGUCUGUCUUUACUCUUGUGAAUGUCUCUGUUCUGGUUAUACAGAAUGAUGCAGAUUUUCCUCAAAAUGACUUCUCUUUUUUUCCUUUCUUGUCCAUCAGAUAUAUGGUCAAACACAAAUCUCACCUCAGGUUCUGAGAAAAGAUCCCAGCGUCCCACUCUGGAGAUUCUGCAAAUAAAUUCAGUAACCUUCCAACUCUCCCCGUCCUCCUCCUGCAGAGGUUGCUCUUCACAUCCAAGCUGCGAUCUUAUCUUCUUCCACUUGGUCCUCAUUUUAGCAGGAGGAGGAGAAGAAUGGAUGAUCUAGCUUAAGUCCUCUGACGCUUCCUUUUGGAUUCCAGCCAUGAGUCGCUGGAAACGUUGCUCUAAACACCAGGGAGAAAUUUAUGUUUUUUUGUUUUUGUUGUGAUUGUUUUCAAAUGAAUUCAUGUAGUAAAACAAAAAAAAUACCAAAACGUUUUAUAUACAAACAACUGUGGCGUCAAUGAGGAGGGGAAACAUGAUGAGGUCUGAAGAAGGGGGAGGGGUUAUUUUUGUCAAGCAUUGGUCAGCAAAUUCAACUCAGAUCUGUUUGGAUUGAAAGGAAACGACGAAACAACUCUUAGUACAAACACAAGAUUUGAAAAGACUUUCUUUAGAUUGAUUUUUUUCCUAUGGGUGUUUGUGGUCUAAAUGUACAUAAAUGUAUGUUAUUACUGCAGAAAAGCUACCUGGCUCUGGCUCAGUACAAUGAUCUCAGUCAGGCAGUCUGUUCCUAGUUCAGUUUCUGACAGAUCAGCACAUUUCCUGGUCAUACUAAUGACCCUGUUCAAGUCUUCUUUUCUUCUUUGUUGGUGUUGUGCUAAAGGAGACAUAAGAUGGAAGGUAUUGCUUCAAAGCGUCAUAUGGAAAUAGACAAUAAAGCCUCAGAGAAACAACUUCAUGUGUCCAUCAU